UUGCAAUUCAGUUGAAUUACAGUCCGAGGCAGACAAAGUCACUACUUGUGUGCGAAUUGAAAUGAAUAACAAAAAAGAUCCUUGACUGCUUCACCCUUCUACUAUGUGGAUUACAAAUAUGCAAUUGCCUUAGCUAUGAGAAGGUUGGCGAAGGUUAUUAUUUCAUAGGCAUUGGUCACACCGAUGAAAACAUUUUCGAUUAUUUCGAUGCGCGUAGAAGUUGUUGGCAAAACGGUGGAGAACUGGUUUCUGUCGAGACAGCCGAGGAAAUGAUGCUCUUGCAGAUCUACAUAUCGUCGAAAGGGUAUGCGAAUGGUAGUAUCUUUUCCACAUCGGGUCACAGUUACAAUAGCGAGUAUCCCUUCAAAUGGCAUGCUCUGGGUGAGAGUUUAACCUACAAGAAGUGGCUGGCAGGCGAUGCGCCUCCUCUCGAUUGUAAUUUGAGUCUACAACUGAUAGAUUCGGAAUUAUAUAUGAUCCGAACGUGGGGCUAUAAUAAAUACUAUAUAUGUGAAAAGACAACCUUUUGGGAUUAUACGCAGGCCAGUUUCCGUCAGUUCGAAACGCGUAUUAUUAUUAUGUUAAUAUUCUUUAGUGUAUUCCUGUUUAUAUUAACGAAAUUUAUAACCAAAGUGAUCACACAUUAUCGUCUGCAAUAUCAUAAGUUAAAGACGAGCGAGAAAAGUAAUUUGGAUACUGCUAAAAUUCUCAAAUAGAAAUUCGUUUCUCUAAUCACAUUACAAAAUUAUUGUCAAAAUUUCUUACAAGAUUAAUGAAUUGUUCGUAGUAGAUAUAAAAACAAGCUAAAGUACGGAUUGAUAUCCGCAGCAAAGUGCUUUGUACCGGAUAUUGAGUAUCCUCCUGGUAUGUUAUUGUGUUACAAGUCCAAACUUAAAUCCAUUUUAAGAACUACAGGGAAUCUCAUUCAGCCAGAGUUUGAUUACAAAUAAUCAGUUAAAAGUAGUUUCGUUUGAGGAACGACACCAAAUUAACUCUAAAUGUAAUGGUAAACUUUAAGCCAAAUCGACUCAUUAUUCGCUGUCCUGCAUCUAUUGUGAUAUAAUAUUAUAUUAUAUAAUAUUUUCGUCACUUUUCACUGCGAUUUCAGUGUGCAGACAAAACGUUGUACACGUGUUCAAAAAUACGAAAACAAACAAAAAUAUGAUAUAUCGAAUGCAAUGCAGUUAUUGCUUGUUUCUUAUGUUCAAUUCAUUUUACAAAAACAAUUUGCAAGCGUAUAACUGACAAAAAGAAAUAUGAAAAAAAUCCGUUAUCAAAGUUCAAAGUUCACUGAUGUAAUUGCUCAUUAACAUAGCUUACUCACUAAAGAGUAUACAAUUAAUUACUUAUGACCAAAACAUUAUUGUAAAAGUCUAACCAAUAAACAUAAUAAGUUUUAAAAUAUUUUCAAACAAAUGAAUCGAGUACAAUUCCAUUGAAAGUCAUAUCACAGUUUGUAUGCAACGUUUGCCCGGUUUUAAAUUUCUCUCUCAAGCUGAUUCGAGUUCUAUAAAAGCGAUGAAACUGCUUAAUUGCAGUUUUAGUGUUGUGUUCAAGUCGAAGAUGGGAAAGUCCUGCGAAACUAUGUUGCUAGCCCUUUUACUUCUGGCCAGCUAUGCCAUCAUCUAUAUGCAUUUCUGGAAACCUCGUUGCAUUAAACCCUUUGUUGAGAUUGGAAGUAGCUGCUACUUUUUCUCCACCAACAAGGCACCCACCUAUGAGUACUAUAAGGUGUCUUACAAGGGUCGCAUAUACAGUGUGCCAGCCAUGCUAGACUGGUUGCACGCGGGAUUCGCGUGCGAGGCAAUGGACUCCAAUGCCCGCUUGGUGAGCAUCGAAUCCGCUGAGGAGAUGCGCAACCUGGCCAACUUUAUGCUCCACUCUGCCCAUGCCAACACUCAUCCGCACUUCUGGAGUGGCGGACAUCGUGGUAAUCUGGCUGCCAAGGUAUUCGACCAUCUCAGCAUGAAGAACUUUUACUGGCUCAACGAACUCCAUCCCAUGAACUACUCCAACUUUCUUCAGCAUGAUCCAGAUGGCGGAAGCAAACGAUACCCGAAUGGUUACUGUGUUUACCUCGACUUCUUGAAAGCCGAUCUGGUUAUGCGAUCAGCUAAUUGUAAACAUCAAAUGGCCUUUGUCUGCGAACUGCCCUGGCAACGAUGAAACCCUUAUAUAAACAAAGAGAAUGCAAUCAGAGCUUUCAUAGAAAUGAUUAAUACAAUAUAAUUAUAGAAUACAAUCACCUUGAUUUUAAUUGGCAACUGCAUAAGCUUACUAAGAAUCUAGAAUAGCCUCGAUUGAAAAAUAGAUUAGAUUUUACUAAAAUUAAAAGUCAGCAAUAGUUACUCAAGAAUUCACUCA